GGCGAGCGCUCAGAAGAAGCAGCAGCAUGGUUCGAAGCCGUGUACUCGGCGGUAGGGGAGAUACCCCGUGGAAGAGUCACGUCGUAUGGUCAUAUAGCGCGACUGCUAGGCAAGCUCGGCGUCUGUCUCAAGCACCUCCCCUUGCCCAGUACCGACAGCAGUAGGCGCAGUGCGCGAUGGCAUAGUGGAAACGUGCCGUGGCAGCGCGUGAUCAAUGCCAAGGGGGGGAUUAGUCCGAGAGGCCCAGGCAGCGCGGCGCGACAGGCUGCGUCUCUCAGACGAGAAGGCGUGCACGUGGAGGAGGACAGCAUGGGCGUGUUCUCGGUGGACCUGGGGCGGUUCGGGUGGUUUCCGGACGUGCUACCGAGCGAAGUGGGGGACGAUGAAGAGGGAUCGAGUGAGGAUGAAGACAGCGAG